AAAGGCAAAUCAAAGCCUAAUCUUCUGAAACAGGAGACCAGUAGUCUUGCCUGUGGGUUGCGCAUUCUGUUCCGAAUGUACAUGGAUGAAAGCCGUACCAGUGCGUGGGAGGAAGUCCAGCAAAGACUACUAAAUGUCUGCAGUGAGGCUCUGAGGUAUUUCCUCACUCUCACAUCAGAAAGUCAUCGGGAAGCCUGGACUAAUCUGUUACUUUUAUUUUUGACUAAAGUUCUGAAGAUAAGUGAUGAAAGGUUCAAGGCUCACGCCUCAUUCUACUAUCCUUUGUUGUGUGAAAUUAUGCAGUUUGACCUUAUUCCUGAACUUCGAGCUGUCCUACGAAGGUUUUUCCUGCGGAUUGGUGUGGUUUUCCAAAUAUCCCAUCCACCAGAACAGGAGUCUGGAAUAAGCAAGCAGUAGCAGAUAGGGACUGAGUAUCGCUCCACUUAAAGGUUUAUAUUCCUCGGCUAAAUAAAAGGACCAGGUGGCUGAGCUGUUCUGUCCAGCUAUCCAUGAAAAUGGUUUCUUUGUAUGGCGAUGUGUAUCCAAGGGUUAACGGUACGGACACUUACAACUGUAAUUAAGGCUUGCAACACUCUAGUCCCUUUAUUUCCUGACGGAUUGUCUCUACCGGUUUCCUUGACCUGGCUCGCGCUGAGCACAGAGCCAGUUUUUAGCACAGUCCUCUUGUCAGCACGGGCUGCAAUACCCUUCACUGUCCUAGACAGCAGUAUAGCAACAGGCGUGUAUGGCAGGUGUCAGAGUAAAACGUACCCAAAGAACUAUAUAUGUAAAGUUUUGAGCUUCUGCAAGAAGUACAACUCAGGAGAGCUGUAUGCUGAAGGAUAAAAUGUUUAUAGUGAAAAAAAAAUGGAGAUUAUUGUUCAUGGUAAAAGAUAUUUAGCAACUCUGUCUGAUAUUCUUCAAAGACUUUUGCACACUCAGGCUGCCUGAGACAUUGGUAAUCAUCCUUUUGUGAAAAAUGUACAGAGAUGCAGGUCUGUAAUAUACACUCUUUAACACUCUACAGUUC